CGAGGGCUCUCCUGGUGGGCAGCGCCGCCGCAGCCUCCCCGGGCACCGCGCGGGGAGGUGCCGAGCCCCGGCGACCACCCCAGGCUUGCCCUGCGCUGCGCCCCAGCCUCCGAGGCAGAAAUAGCCCUGGCAGCCAGCGUUGGAGAGAUGGGCUGAACAGGAGCUACUGACACAGGGAGGUUUGAACCAGAAAUUCCAAACCUGGGCUCCUCUCACGGCCACAGAAGGCAGAGCCGCGUUCCCCGCUCCCCCAGCCCCUCCGGACCGCGAACAGGUCCCUUCCUCUUCGUGCUCGACCCCGCGGCACCAGGGCGCAGAGUUCGCUCAGAACCAAGGGAGCGGCCACCUCGAGGAAUGUAAUCGAGGAUGCUGGCCCUGCGGCUGCUCAACGUGGUGGCCCCCGCCUACUUCCUGUGCAUCUCCCUGGUGACCUUCGUGCUGCAGCUCUUCCUCUUCCUGCCCAGCAUGCGCGAGGACCCCGCAGCCGCCCGCCUCUUCUCGCCCGCCCUGCUCCACGGGGCACUCUUCCUAUUCCUCUCGGCCAACGCCCUGGGCAAUUACGUCCUGGUCAUCCAGAACUCCCCAGACGACGUAGGCGCCUGCCAGGGGACCUCGGCCAGAAGGCCUUCGUGCCCCCCGCCCAGCACCCACUUCUGCCGAGUGUGCGCCAGAGUCACCCUGAGGCACGACCAUCACUGUUUCUUCACCGGCAACUGCAUCGGCAGCAGGAACAUGCGCAACUUCGUCCUGUUCUGCCUUUACACCUCCCUGGCCUGCCUCUACUCCAUGGUGGCCGGCGUGGCCUACAUCUCCGCGGUCCUUUCCAUCUCCUUCGCCCACCCCCUGGCCUUCCUCACGCUCCUACCCACCUCCAUCAGCCAGUUCUUCUCCGGAGCUGUCCUCGGUUCUGAAAUGUUCGUCAUCCUCAUGCUCUACCUCUGGUUUGCCAUCGGCCUGGCCUGCGCGGGCUUCUGCUGCCACCAGCUGCUGUUGAUCCUCCGGGGGCAGACUCGCCACCAGGUGCGGAAGGGGGUGGCAGUGAGGGCCCGGCCCUGGCGCAAGAACUUACAGGAGGUCUUCGGGAAGAGGUGGCUGCUAGGCCUGCUGGUCCCUAUGUUCAAUGUUGGAAGUGAGAGCUCCAAGCAGCGGGAUAAGUAGCAGACACUCCCAUCAUUUCUCUCUCUCUCUGUCUCUGUGUCCCCGCUCCUCCUGAACCUAAGACCACAGCACCCUUGUCUCCACCCAUGACUCACUUUAGCUUCGUGCUGGUCCUAGCACCCACCCCUGCCUUUUAACCUAUAGAGAACAGUGUGGGCUGGUGGAUCCGGACAAGGAGGAAAAAAUGGCCACCAGGGGAAUGCUGGGCUCCUCCCAGCCGGCCAGGUGGCUGCUAGCUGUCAGGAUGCUCUGCUUUCGCUUCUUCUCCUUGGGACCCCUGCUUUCCCCCUCUGCCUGGCUCAUCCGCUCCCCAUCAUGUCUCAUGUCAUCACGGCUGUCUGCUGGAGCCCUUUCUCUCAGCCCCGUGUUGGGAGUGGAGAGUGGAUUCUUGCUGCUGGUAUGAGACUCCCUGGGACCUGUAGGCUGGCGAAUGUUUAAAAUCACCACGUGUGAGAAGCAGCCGAGUCAGCUCGGCCAGCUGCCGGGGAAGUUGGGAAAGGGUGGAUGUGUGGCCACAGCUACUCUGUGGGAUCGUGGGCAGUGGAGGGAAAGAGGACCCAGUCACUUCUUGCCCACCCCCCAAGGUUCCAGGCCCUUUUCCUGGGAGACAGUAACCAAUGGGCUGGUAUUUACAGCUGCUGUUCCCUGUCCAUCCUGCCCCAGCUGGCCACCCCAGACCAAUCCCGGGUCUGGCUAGAUGCCUCCUUUCCCUGGCACUCUUCCAGCCUUUCUCCUUAGUCUCCAGCCUCCAGGCCUUUGUCAGAUGCCAGGAAGAUGAGGAAGAAGGGGGAGGGAGAGGGAGUCCCCAAUAAAUGAGGGAGGCAUGUGACUGUAUAGCCGUAUGGAAGGGGAUGCGUGUGUGUGUGUGUGUGUGUGUGUGUGUGUGUGUGUGUGUGUGUGAAAGAGAGAGAGAGAAACAUAGAGAGGCAGAGAGAGAGGGGUGCUGGUAAGGAGCGUUGUUAGGAACACAGAGGAAGGAUGCUUAGGGGAGGGGGAGAAGUGGGAGGGACAAAGGAGCUCAUCUAUGCCCUGUAUAGAGGACAUUCCAGCCACUGAAGCUGUUCAGCGUUUGAAUGGCUACCUGGGGAGGUAGGGAGUGCCCCACUGGAGCUAUGGCAGCAGGGAAUAGGCGGUCAUCUGCAGCAUGCUGUGGAAGGGAUUUCUGCACAGCGUCGUUCUAGGUGAGCUUAGAGAUCCCUUCCCACUCCAAGAUUCUGGUGUCCUCUUUGCAAAUGCUGGGCCCAGAGGCAAGGUCUGCAGAAAUGGCUGUGAGUUAUUUGCUUUCAUGGAGGGUAGGUUGGGCAUGAGAAGGGUCUGAAAACCAUGAUGCCAACUCUCAGGACCCAGGCCAGCCACUGAGGAAAGAUUCUUUGGAGAGACAGGACUGGCUGGAUGGUUGAGGGGACUGGCAUUCGAGGACAGGGAGAUGGAGCAGUGUCAGGUCAGGUGGGGGCAGGGGUGGGGAGAGAAAAGCCAGGUCAUGCUCUGAGGGGCAACAUUGGGGGAGUUAAGCUGGGAAUGGGGAUGUUCAGAAUGUAAAGGUGCAAUUGCGAGACUACCCCUGCUCAUCCGACUGGCUCUGACUGGGGGCACUGCUGUGUUCUGGAACCCAGAGGGCCAGACCCCUGGGGCAUAUGAGGGAGUGGGGACAACACAAUACCCCCCUCCUGACUGGGUCCCAAAGCCAAUAUGACACCCAUGCAGGCAGCAGUGCUGAAUCCACACCAUGCCAUAUCCCCCAGUUGGCCACAGCAACCCCAACAGUUGCUGCCCAGCACCCUGAGUUCUUGAGCAGAGCCUGGAGGACUUCACUCUGGUCCUACCGUCGCGCCCCCUAGAGGGCUAGUGUAGUAACGGCUCGACCUGCUCAUACUACUCCCCCUGUAUUGUUCAUCCAUCCGCCCUGCAUAUAUUUAUUGAGUGCUAUGUUCCCAGCCUCUUCCAGGCACUGGCAAUGCAGUAGUGAACAGGAUGACAAGAUCCCUGCCAUCAGGGACACUUCGUCACUGCCACCUGUGCAAUGAUUCACACCCCCUGAAAAAUGGUCACUGCCUUGGUCAGCAGGACAGGUCACUUGGAGGGGAAGGAUGUGGUAGAGAGGGUGGAAGGGGAGCCGAGGCUGCCUUGAUGGAGGAGUUAGCCUCACCCCCAGUGCUGGCCAUACUUACACAGUGGGCGGGGGAGGGGAGAGGGGAGAAGGCCUGGGCAGUUUAGGCCUUAGCUCUCUCCUGACCCCAGAGCUCAAGCUCGGAAGCCAGCGCUGCCAUCUCCAGCCUCUUGGAGGCUCAGCACGGUGAGGCCGGACUCACAGGGAGGGGGCAAAAGGGAGACCUGCAGGCGCUGGCUGCUGGCAGGGCAGACUGGUCAGUGGGAGGUGCUGGUGGGGAGGUUGCCAGAUGUGGGACUUGAGUAGCAUUUGUACACAUGGCCCUGUAUUGUCCAUGAAGAUCAAUAAAAUUUGUGGUUUUAAAUUGGAUUUGA